AUGGACAUAAUGGACAACAUGGACAACAUGGACAAAAUGGACAUAAUGGACAUAAUGGAUAUAAUGGGCGAGACGGACGAGACGGACGAGACGGGCGAGACGGACGAGACGGGCGAGAUGGUCGAGACAUGGGUAAAGAUGGAAAAGACGGAAAAGACGGAAAAGACGGGCAAGAUGGCGAUCAAGGCCCAAUGGGUCCAAGGGGACUUCCGGGUCCAAGGGGAAUUCCAGGCCCGCCGGGUCCAGCUAUUGCGGCCGCACAUGUGGCUGUGA